GCAGCGGCGGCGCCGCCACGAUGUUAACCGACAGCCUGGUGGAGGAGUUCGAGAUCCGCGAGGAUGAGCCCUGGUACGACCAGCAGGACCUGCAGCAAGAUCUCCAUCUUGCUGCUGAGCUUGGGAAGACGCUAUUGGACCGGAACACAGAGCUGGAGACAUCUCUUCAGCAGAUGUACUCAACCAAUCAGGAGCAACUACAGGAAAUAGAGUAUCUUACAAAGCAGGUGGAACUUCUGCGUCAGAUGAACGAUCAACAUGCCAAAGUCUAUGAACAGCUCGAUGUCACUGCCAGAGAACUGGAAGAUGCUAAUCAAAAGCUAGUUGCUGAUAGUAGAUCCUCACAGCAAAAGAUACUAAGCUUAACUGAGACAAUUGAAAGUCUUCAAACGCACAUCGAUGACCUCCAGAAACAAGUCGAUGAGCUAAAGAAUUCUGGGCAAGGCCACGUGAACCGUGAAAGGUCUGAACAGCCAAGAUCUGUUCACAGUUUUUCGUGUCUAAAGGAAUUGUAUGACCUUCGCAAGUAUUUUGUUUACGACCACGUUUUUGCGGAAAAAAUUACUUCUAUGGAUAGUCAGCUGAGUCCUCUAGAGGAAGAAAAUCAGAACUUAAAAAAGGCAAUGACUCUCUUGCAAGCUCAGCUCAGCUUGGAAAAAGAGAAGAGGAUGACAAUGGAGGAAGAGUACAGUCUCAUGCUGAAGGAAAACUGUGAUCUUGAGCAGAAGCUGGUGGAUAUCAAUCUAUACCGAGCCAGAGCUGAAGAGCUUGAGGUGGAAGUGGCUGAAAUGAAGCAGAUAUUUCAGUCUGAAAACACAUUUGUUAAUGGGGUGGAAAAGCUUGUUCCAGAGUCCUUUUUUAUUUCCUUUAAAGACUCUUUAGACAGAGAACUGAGUCAGAGCCCUCCUGAUGGGUUGUCUUUAAUUGUUCCAGAAUUUGACAAAAGGGCUCUCAGAAGAAGCAGCAGUGAGACUUUUCUUGGCAGUGCUGCAGGUGGGGACCUUCUAAAAGGCCACGAAGAAACCUGUAUCCGGCGGGCAGAAGCUGUGAAGCAAAGGGGCAUCUCCCUGCUUAAUGAGGUUGAUGCACAGUAUAACGCCUUGAAGGUCAAAUACGAAGAACUUCUGAAGAAAUGCCAAAUAGACGAAGAGUUGUUGAAACACAAGGCUGUGCAGACCUCUAAACAGUAUUCCAAAGAUGCAAAUGUGGGGAAUGUAUCCUUGGACACAUGUGCUAGAGAACCCGAAUCCACUAACGCUGAUCCAAUCAGCUUAUCUUCAAAUACUCCUCCUGAAUACAAACUUCUCUUUAAGGAAAUUUUUAGCUGUAUCAAGAAAACCAAACAGGAAAUAGAUGAACACAGAGCAAAGUAUACAUCUCUGUCUUCUCGGCCUUAACAGCUUUGUUUCCCUGUUGAUGUGUGCCGAUACUACCUUAGGAAAGAAUUUUUCCUGAAAUAGCCCUUCAAUGUUUCACAUGAAACACAAUGUUGCAUGUCUGUAUUCUUCCAGGGUGUAUGUAAGUUGACUUUUGUUAAAGUUGUAGAAUGGGUUGGGUCCACCUGAUUAGUUAUCUGUAUUUGGAACACGGUUGCUUCCACCAAAUGAUCAACUGAAUUACUCAGGGCCAGUUACUGACUAAGAUUAACUGACAAAUUACACGAUUCAGUAAAGCACUCUAAUACUGGUAAUAUAGUUCAGUCUGCAAGAGAAAUGAGAACCAAGCAGUAGUUUGCAUGUAUACAGCUGCCAGCCUUGGUCUUCCUGUGGCCACAAGUUGGAAAGUAGACAUUCUUCUGUAGUGUUGCAAUUAUCUUAUACAAUGGCAAUUAAGCCACUAAGCAUGGUAUAAAGUUAAAUUAAAA